UAAUUCUAAACUGUACGUUUAGAACUCCAACACCCAUAAUGCUGUGCUAGGAUACGUCACCAACCCACCUCGUGACCGAAUCCCGGUACAAGAAAUAGAGGUGACCUCCGAAACAAUCGGCAGAGAGACGCAGUUUGCAGGACGAAUUAUUCAAAAUGGCUGAUCCUAUCCGAGUUCUGGUGACCGGCGCGGCUGGGCAGAUUGCCUACUCCCUGCUCUACGGCAUCGCCAAGGGAGACGUGUUCGGCAAAGAUCAGCCUAUUGUCCUGGUCCUGCUGGACAUCACUCCCAUGCUGCCUGUGCUGGACGGUGUGGUCAUGGAGCUGCAGGAUUGCGCUCUCCCACUUUUGAAGGAGGUCAUCCCUACAGAUAAAGAGGAGGUGGCGUUUAAGGACUUGGAUGCCGCCAUUCUGGUGGGCUCCAUGCCCAGGAAGGAGGGAAUGGAGAGGAAAGACCUGCUCAAGGCCAACGUGGCCAUCUUUAAGUCUCAGGGCACGGCGCUGGACAAGUACGCCAAGAAGACGGUCAAGGUUCUGGUGGUGGGAAACCCGGCCAACACCAACUGCCUGAUUGCGGCUAAAUCCGCACCCUCCAUUCCCAAAGAGAACUUCUCCUGCCUGACUCGCCUGGACCAUAACCGUGCCAGCUCUCAGGUGGCAAUGCGCUGUGGUGUUUCCGCCAAUAGCGUGAAGAACGUGAUUAUCUGGGGGAACCACUCGUCCACUCAGUACCCCGACGUGCACCACUGCAAGGUCAGCGUGGGGGGAAAAGACGUGGCUGCGUUCGACGCCGUGAAGGACGACAGCUGGCUGAAAGGAGACUUCAUCUCUACGGUUCAGCAGCGUGGAGCAGCGGUCAUUAAGGCACGCAAGCUCUCCAGCGCCAUGUCUGCUGCCAAGGCCAUCUGUGACCACAUGAGGGACAUCUGGACCGGCACUGCUGAGGGCGAGUUUGUCUCCAUGGGUGUGUACUCGACUGGAAACUCGUAUGGCGUUCCUGAUGACCUCAUCUAUUCAUUCCCCGUCACUAUCAAGGAUAAAUCCUGGAAGAUCGCCGAGGGUCUGGCCAUCAACGACUUCUCUCGAGCCAAGAUGGACGCCACCGCGGCCGAGCUGGUGGAGGAGCGAGACACCGCCAUCUCCUUCCUCUGCGUGUGACUAAAUCGCACGCCGAAAACGCACCUCCACCCGGACGCACGUCUGUGAAACGCCCCAAAAAGCACUCCGUUCUCCUCUUUUCAAUUAAACAUACAUUUCAAUAGGAAAGCUUUAGAUCACAUAUAAGCACAGCAAUGUGUGAGUGUGUGCGUGUUGUAGCGUAGCGACUUCUAGAUUCUAGAAGUCUAGAAUUCGGGUUGUUUCAAUUUCGUCGUCUGGUGCCUGCUCCCUCCUCUCUGAUUUGUUUGGGAAUUCGCACACGUUAGACGGUCAGGGAGAGAAAGAACCCUCACAGUGUAAUAGGUCAUUAUAUACAGUAUAUAAGGUCAGUAAGCUCUCUCUCUCUCUCUCUCUGUACGUGUGUGUGUGGGGGUUAUUGUCAAGCCUUUAAAAGGAAUAGAUAGUUUAAAACGUGUUUCAGUUGAACUGCUCUCCAUAAAAUUACCCAUGAUGCACUUGUUGUUACUGUAACGGACAGCUCUUCAAUAAACGAAAGUGAAAAUGUAAACUUGGA